AUGAAGACGUUGCUAGAGGUCAGAUAUUCAUCUGUCGAAGAGAUCUGCGGAGAGUUUGACCCAAGGGUGUAUCCCAGCUAUGAGUUUAGGAAUGGUAUUGAUCGAGCCUACUGCCAGCAGCAGUAUCAGUGCAGGAUCCAGAAGUGUACCACUGACUUUGUAGCCCUGACUUCCCAUCUGAAUGCUGCCUUGAAUGUUUUCGCUUCAGAGUUCUGCAUCGCCCUCCGAGCUUAUGCACUCUGCACUGAGCGCACAGCCAAGGCGUGCCGGGGUAACCUGGCCUUCCACUCAGCUAUGCUUGGCAUCAAUGACCUGAUGAGCCAGAGGAACUGCUCCCGGGAAGGGCCGACCUUAAUCGCAGCCAAGGACCUGGUACCUGUCAGUCACAACAUGGGCUUCUGUGACUACGAGAACCGAGCUGGCGUGGUACGGGGGCACCGGAUGGCAGCAGGCACCGAACUGCAGUCCACUCGCCGUUAUGUCUUUUGUGGCUUGUUCGGUGAUCCGCAUCUCAGAACUUUCCGGGAUCACUUUCAAACUUGUAAAGUGGAAGGAGCCUGGCCCCUGAUUGAUAACGACUACUUGUCAGUGCAAGUAACCAACGUCCCUGUUGUACAGGGUUCUAGCGCCACAGCUACUAACAAGAUAACCAUCAUAUUCAAAACUUACCAUGACUGUACAGAUCAGAAGGUUUAUCAAGCAAUGACAGAUGAUCUGCCUGCAGCAUUCAUUGAUGGUACAACAGUGGGAAAUGGCUGGAUAAAGACUUUGUGGAUAGUGGAGAAAGUGAGUGGUAAACAUGUGGAAGUGCAUGCAAAAUACAUUGGAAUGACUGUGAUAGUGCGCCAAGUGGGACCAUAUUUAACCUUUGCAUUGCGGAUGCCUGAAAUAUUAGCCCUGUCUGAGAAUGACAACCAGGGACUGCAGCUUUGUGCCCGUGGCUGCCCAACAAAUGAACGUAUAGAUGAAGGUGGACAUCUCCCUCUUCCAACCAAUAGUCCAAAUCAUCUGCACCAUCCUAAGGCUCCACCAAAGGGUGCUUAUACAUUAGAGACUGCGACAGCCAAAUGCCAUGAGAAAAUCCAAGUUAAGGAUGUCUAUUUUCAUUCUUGUGUAUUUGACCUUCUAACGACUGGGGAUGUAAACUUUACAGCAGCAGCUUACAGUGCCCUCCAAGACCUGGAGACGUUGCACCCAAAGAAAGACAGGUGGCAUAUUUUCCCCAGAAGUAGCAAUGUUGCCCAGAACAUCAAUGUCUUAUUUAACAUUUAUGUUGGACUGUUUUCUUUUGUUAUAAUUGUGUUUUUGUAAGGUUUUGUUUAUAAAAAUUAAAUAUAUAUUGUUAUAAUAUAUUCAGAAGUAUAUAUGUAUAUACAGUAUAUGAUUGGAUGGUAAUCCUGAGUAAACAAGAUUGUACAUAUUGUGUAAUUUUGUUUUGUAAGUUCACACAAAGUUGGUUGUAGUAUUAUGUACUUUUGGUGAAAGUUUUGUUUUGUGCAAGUUGUGUUAGCCCUGUAGUAGGGUGUGUUGUUACAAAGGGCACUUUAUGUUUCUACUAACUGACACUUAAAAUGAUGACCGAUAAAUGUGUUGAAAUUUAUUUUGCUGUCUUAUCAAAUUGAAGUUUGAUAUACAGCCUCAGAAGGAUUCCCAGUUGUGCUUCCUGGCUAGAAAUAGAUAACUUUGUGUAAGUGUAAUUGCUUAAAUAUGUAAAUAGUUAACUUAUUUAUAAUAAUGUCCUACUAGAAGAACCUAGAGCAGUUUCUGUGCUAUUUGUGUUCACUCUGCUGUGAUAGUGGUGCCACCUAGUAGAUUGCACUUGAGUUACUUCAGUGUUCAGGUGACAAGUGAUUUAAAAACAGCAUUAAAUGCCUGUUGUAUUACAUGAUGUAUGUUAAGAAAUCCCUUCCCUCUGUCCCACCACAAAAGGAAAAGUUAGAAGUUUGGCACUUGACAUAGAACCCAAAGCAGUAAAUGUGUUUUCUUGGGUAUUUCCACAAAUGUCUUUUCAAUGCUUUUGCUACUCAACAGUAGUGGAGAUAUCUGACUCUUAAAUAUAAUAAUCUCUUUUGACUUUUAAAAUUUCACUGGUUGAUAGGUCCAGUAAAAUUGCUCUCAGGUUUUAGCUAAUCUCCAUUUUAAUGGGGGCAGCACGGUGGCACAGUGGUUAGCACUGCUGCCUCACAGCGCCAGAGACCCGGGUUCAAUUCCCACCUCA